CGUCGUUUAAAUACUUGUGCCGUAUGGGAUUUUGGCAACGUUUAAUAGGGCCUAAAACUUUUUUAUUUGAAAAAAAAAUAUAGCAAAAAAGUUGCAAUGAAGCGAAUGAUAUAAACCCAACAAAAGAUUUUGGUCUCUGGUCUUCUCAGGAUAUGAGUUCCACCAUUUCUACUGCACAGCGCUACAAUGGCCUUGCUUAUCGAGGCUGCAUCUUUAGCCGACCACCUGAAUCCAAGAGCAGCAAAUUCAAAUAUAUUCUUCCCAUACGUCCACGUUCCCACAACUUACGAGUGGUGAAUGAUCAUGAAAGAAGUCGGGGUUCUCCUACAGCCACUACAGAAAGAUCUGAGGCUGACAAACUUGUUGAUAAGAUGGAAUUCAGUGAGCUGUGCAAUGAAUUUGAGUGUGUAAGUAGCCCUUCUGUAGAGGCUACAGCACGACAACUUGCUAGAGAUAUUCUAGAAAUGCGUGAAGGUAACAGAGCAUUGGGAACCUUUGCGAUUUCUGUUAAAUACAAGGAUCCGUUGAGAUCUUUCACUGGUCGAGAUAAGUACAAGAGACCGUCGUGGGCAAGAGGGGCUUUGGAUCAUCCUUAUGUGUCAGUGCAAGAAAUGACAAUGCUGUCAACAAGUGUUUUGAACAUCAAAUGGACAAUUCAGGGAAAAUCUAAAAUUUCAACGAUAUUUUCAGGAGAUGUGAUUCUGAGCAUCAAUUCAUUAUUCACAUUGAAUCAGAUAAGUGGUCAAGUGAUAGAACAUCAAGAAGAUUGGGAUCUCUCUGCAUCAUCUGCCUCGGGACAAGCUUAUUUCUGGGCAUCUAGGUGGUUGUAUGUCGCAGCUGAAGCUGGGAAGGAUGUGCUUGAAGUGGCAAAGGAUAUAAAAAGUCCGUUUGAUAAAGAAGAGGAAGAUUCAAAUAUCUUUGCAGACCCAUCUGGUGACCCAACAAAGUUCUUUCAAGUUGAUAACAACCCACAAAGGGAUGUUUACCAAGUUGGCCUCUUUUUGGCAGUUGUAUACUUGGUUGUACAAUUCCUAAAGUCAACUUUGUAAGAGCAUGAUUUUGUUCUUGCAAUUCUUUGAAUUGUGACGUAUGCUUUGUGCUAUAUAUUGUAUAUUAAGCUCUGUAAAAUAUAAAUUAAGCAUCGUUUGGUAGCACUCAGAUAGGCUUCAAAGUUCAUCUAAGGACAUUUUAACUAUAAGCUAUCGUGUGAUGUUUGUGAUUAUCUUCCUCUAACCAAUAGAAAUGUUGAAACUAUACCAUACCCUUCAAGAAAA